AUGGAAUUGCUUCUCUCAUCUGUACAAAAUUGUUCAACUACACAAUUAUCUGCUGUAGCAGCUGCUGGUCUCGGAGUGUUGUAUUUGGGAAAGAAACACUUUAAUGGAGGAGUUGUUCCUUCUGAAUUACUCAAGGCAACAUCUUUGCAGGGAAAGACAAUUAUUGUAACUGGUGCUAGUCCGAAUGGAAUUGGAUAUGAAACUUGUAAGAUUUUGCACUCAUUGGGAGCUACUGUUAUUUUGGGAGUUCGUAGUGAAAGAAAUGGAGCCGAAUCUAAAAAGUUGAUCAUUCAAGAGAAUGGAGGUGGUGCUGAACGUUUGGUUGUCAUGUUAAUGGAUCUGACUGAUUUGGAAUCCGUUAAGAAAUUCACAGAAGAAUUCAAGUCAAAAUUUACCACUUUAGAUAUUUUGAUUAAUAAUGCUGGCAUCAUGAUGUGUCCAUAUGCUACAACAAAGCAAAAUAUAGAGAUUCAAUUUGGUACUAAUCACUUAGGUCACUUCUUACUCACUCUUUUACUUUUAGAUAUGAUUAAGAAAUCUAAUGGAAGAGUUGUUAACUUGUCAUCAUUGGCUGCUUCAUAUAUCAAGAAGGAAAGUGAUGUUAAGGGAUUCUGUUCAUUCAAAGAAGAAACUGUCACUGGAAAUUCAAGCAAAUUAGCUAGUGAAUAUCAAUUGUACUAUAGAUCCAAAAUGGCCAAUAUUUUAUUCACAAAGAGACUUGCUCGUGAAUUAGCUAAGGACAGUUCAGCAACUUCCUAUGCAUGCCAUCCCGGCUUAGUCCGCACACAAUUAUCGAGACACCUUAGUAUUGCUAUAAUCUUUGCUCCAAUUAGCUGGUACUUUACAAAGUCACCUGAACAAGGAGCUCAAACAAGUAUCUACACAGCCAUUGAAGAUAAGAAGAAACUUAAAUCUGGUAAUUAUUAUGCUGAUUGUAUUGAAAAGAUUGGAAAUAACUUUGAGGAUGAUAUUAAAUUGCAAGAUCAAUUGUGGCAAACAAGUUUGGACCUUUGUAAGAAUUAUUUGUAA